CAGCAGGGACCAUAAGACCCCUUAGCCUUAGAAAGAUGGGCGUGGCAAAGCCCAGCGCCUCUCUCUCUCCCUCACUCUAUUUCUGGGCAGGCAGGACCGCAAACGGGCUGCCAAGGGGGUAGAAACAGUGACGUCUUCCUCUCCACGAAACCCCAUUGGUCGGCUGCGUCCGUUCCUCGCAGCACGCGCUUCACUGGAAGUGUGGGGGGGAGGGGCGGGGCUUGUGGCGCCCCUCGAGCGCCCUGGAGAGGCAGCUUCUUUCUGACGGAAAGAGGAGGAGACAAGUCCCGCCCCUUCCGCUACGUGUGGGGACGAGAGCGCCAGGCGUCUGACUGACUGAUAGACAAGCUGCGUGAGCGAGUUGCCGGCGGCCGCUCCUCCGGGCUGCUGCUGCUUCUCUUGCGGGGGAUGGCGAAGGGGGCGCGCCGGCGCGGGGAGCUCAGACCUCCGCCCCAAGCGCCCCUCAGCAACACGUAACGAGGCGGCGAGGCUAAAGAUGUAUAAACCUCACUUGCCUGGUUUCCAGCAGACCUCCACAACCUCGGAGGAUGCCUACCAUAGAUGUGAGCGAAACGUCAGGAGAGAAUGCUUCUGAAACAUGGCCAUACAGCCCGGAAAACUCACAGCAACCUAGGGACACAGAGGAGACAGAGAAAAUGGAAGGCAACGGUCAUCUUUGCAUUCGGCGUUGGUCUACCAGGCAUGUAGCCAAGUGGCUGAAGGAAGAAGGUUUUUGUGAAUAUGUAGAGAUUUUGUGUGAUAAACACAGAUUGGAUGGCAUUACACUACUGACCCUGACUGAAUUUGACUUGAGGUCUCCUCCUCUGGAAAUCAAGGUUCUUGGUGAUAUCAAAAGGCUCAUGUUGUCAAUACGCAAGUUACAGAAGCACCACAUUGAAGUUCUGGAAGAGCUUGGUUACAACAGUGACUCUCCUAUUGGUUUACCAUCUCCUGUGAUUGCCUCUCUUCAAGGAACAGAUUGGUUUUCUAACGGUGAAGUGCAACGGGAUUGUGAUGAUUAUGAACCUGCUGCUGAAUUGAAUGCUGAGCAAUAUCAGUAUGCAAAUGGAAAACACAAACAUUCUACACGAAAACUGAACCCAGAGUACUGGAAGACAGCAUUGAGUUGUAUAUAUGUGUUCAUUGUGUUUGGCUUCACGUCAUUUGUCAUGGUCAUUGUCCACGAGCGUGUACCUGACAUGCAGACAUACCCACCACUACCGGACAUAUUCUUAGACAGUGUUCCUCGAAUACCAUGGGCUUUUGCCAUGACUGAAGUAUGUGGAGUGGUUCUCUGCUACAUCUGGUUGCUUGUUCUCCUACUUCAUAAACAUAGAUCUAUUCUAUUACGAAGAUUAUGCAGUCUGAUGGGUACAGUAUUCUUACUCCGUUGCUUUACAAUGUUUGUGACCUCACUAUCUGUGCCAGGCCAACAUUUACAGUGUUCUGGAAAGCUGUAUGGCAAUGUGUGGGCAAAACUUCAGCGGGCCUUUGCAAUCUGGAGUGGAUUUGGCAUGACGCUAACAGGAGUACAUACUUGUGGAGACUACAUGUUCAGUGGCCAUACUGUUGUCCUGACAAUGCUAAACUUCUUCGUCACUGAAUAUACACCAAGAAGCUGGAACUUCUUGCACACUCUGUCCUGGGUGCUGAAUCUCUUUGGGAUUUUCUUCAUUUUGGCUGCACAUGAACAUUAUUCUAUUGAUGUCUUCAUUGCCUUCUACAUUACUACAAGACUCUUUUUGUACUAUCACACAUUGGCUAACACAAGAGCUUAUCAACAGAGCAGGAGAGCCCGAAUUUGGUUUCCUAUGUUCUCUUUUUUUGAAUGCAAUGUAAAUGGUACCGUUCCAAAUGAGUAUUCUUGGCCUUUCUCAAGGCCAGCUAUAAUGAAAAGACUGAUUGGCUAAAAAUUACUGGAUUUAAUUCACAUCUGUGUGAAACAUUUGUGACUAAUUUUCUUCAAGAAUGGGUUCUGAAAAAUUGAUUUCGUCUUACCCAUGUAUCUCCUUCUAUCCUUGUUAAUUCUCGUUGAGCCACAAGACUAAAUGAAGCCCUAACACGUUUUUUACAAGGUGUUAACUUGUAAUAAGGUUCUGUGUGAAUGACGAUAAAGUUAUCAUAUCAACGAUCCUUAAAAUGUUUUCAUUUGGAGAGCUUCAAAACUGUCCUGUGCUGAGGCAGUGAUUUUGGAUCUAGAUAACAUCAAAUACUACCUAGUUAGCUACUGUGUCUCUAAUAAAUAACACAAGAGUCAUUCUUUUAAAAUAAUGUGUCUCCAUAUAAGAAUAGGGUGUGUGAUACGAGGUAAGUGGGCAAGGAAAUGCUCAAAUGGUGAAAAGGGGCCCCAGAGCCUUGAGCGUGAGAGAAACUUGCUGUGCUUGAUAUGUAGAGAAGGGAACAAACGGACGGUCUCUGGAGCUGUGACAAUGAUGAGCAGGGCAUCACUGACUUGGAGUAAAUGUGUUCUGCCAUCAGACCUUUUCCUUGUUUACAUUUCAUUCAAUUGGUAAGGAAUAAAUACUUUAUCUUUUGAAAUGAGAUUGAUUUUGUUUGGGUGCCCUGAUUUUUCUUUCUAUUUCAGUAUUAAACAAUUUCUGCAAGCUUUUAAAAUGCUGCUUUUAGGAGAAUAAUAUUAUUUCCUUGGGAAAGUAGCAAGCAAUGACCCAUUGAACCAAGGCAAAAGGAUUUAUUUUUAUUUUAUUUAAGAAAAUGGCAACAGGGCUUUUGGGAAAUUUGUUUAACAGCAGUCUCUUUUCAUUUCACUGUACAAAUUUCAAAGGCAUCUCAUUCUGCUUUAUGUGGAAUUUAGUAAAUGCUGAAAUGUCAUUGAUUGAAAAACUCCUGAUAGUAUUUUCAGUAAAUGCUCUAUUCUUUUCACAAGUUAAAAUUCCUUUCAGUUUUUCAGAUAAUUAUGGUAAUAAAAAGAAAUAACAAAAGAAAUGGAGCUUAAAGCACGAGGAGUCGUGCAAACACAGCACACAGUACUUGGUACUCAUUAAAGCCCUAUAUUUUUCUUUUAAAUCUAGCUUUUAUAGAAGAUACUCAGGUUUUCAAUUAAUGUUUUAAGCCUUUUAUGUAAUGAGAUGUUGUCCUUAAGAGUAAAAAUAAUGCUUGAAAAAAUACAUGAAAUUGCACAGCCAUAGCUAUUAGCAUAUUAAUUCAAGAGUGAUUUAUACUCCAUUUUUUCAAAAGAGGUAGCACUUGCUGAUUCACAAAUUAAAACUGGCAUGCAGGUUGGGUUAAUUUCCAUUAUAUAUAUUAGAGAAUAUACCUGUUAAAAACUCCUUACUUGCACAACUGGACAGUCAUAGAUUUGUUUAGAUUGUAAUCUAGUAAUGUAAAGGUCUUCAGCCCACAUUAUGUACCUGGAUUAAUUAAAAUUAUAAAUGUGGCAUUAAAAUUUGUAGUCAAGUGAACUAGAUUUUCAAUUGUAAGACGUCCCACACAACGCUAAAUUUCUGUAACGCAGAAUAGUAAAUGAGCUAUCUUGCAUGUGAAAAAAGCAAUAUAAUAACAGAUUAAAUAUACUGAACUUUCUUAUGGAAGUUAGAUAAUUGGGUUUUACCACUGGCCUCUAGUCAAGUCUCCUUUCUGCUGCAUCCUCUUGGAAACUCAGUUAAGCCAGGCCCACAAAAUAGGCAUUGGUUUUGCAUUUGAGAAUUAUUAAAAGGUUCUCCUUAGCUUUCCAGAAUGAAAUAAACAUUAUUUCCUUUUUGCUCUUAGUAUUAUGCAUUGCUGUUCAUGGAAUAACAUUUGUAUUGUACAUGAGGCAUUGCAUUGGAGGGCUGAAGAACUGUUUCCAAAAAUGAACUCAACUAGGAAUAGGAGUAGCUAAACUUGCAAACCUGCACAUUUGAAAUAUAUGCAGGCUAGAAGAUUGUUCAUCUUCUAGCUAUGUGUAAUACUGCAACAGGAAGCUAUCUAUACAGAUUUAUAUGAUCACAUCAGUAUUUUUAUGUGCCACUAUCCUCUGGCAUGCUUUAUUUCUUCACACAUUACAGAGUCAGCACUGUUGCAGAGUCAAACACUAUGUAAACAAACACCAAAACCUUUUCUUUAUGUGUUGGCUCCUCCACUGUGUGGGUUUGCUAGUUUGUGAGGAUUGGUGUCAUAACAAAUUGAGUGGGAUGUAUUCUAUUGAGAUAUUUAAAUGGACCAUGUUUUAAAAUAAAAAAGAAGCCUCUGUUAUGCAGUUGCAGCAUUUUUAUUAUCCUUCCUUUACUAUAUAGUAACGAUCAGUGCUCAUCUUUGCAUUUUUGAGUAGAAAUAUGUUUUAUUUCAGGAUAGCACUUUCCUGUGGCAUUUAAGAGGAAAGAUCCAAAAAGUCUCCUACUCUGUCCCUUCUCCUGGUGAUGUGCCCUAAUUUCCCUGUUAGAAGCAUGUAGUAUGGGUUGUUUACAAAAAAUCUCAGGCCCGCCUGGGAAUUCAGGAUACAUGCACUCUUUUUACGUUUAUACAUUUGUUUUUGUAGACGAAUUAAACCCCACCCAUCAAAAUGUAUCGAUAAGUUUACAGUUCAGAUAUACAUUAUAUUGUAAGCAGUAUUACUUUGUCGGUUUAAAUAGAAACAAUAGCCCCAAUCUAAUAAAGUAGGGUAAAUGAAAAGCAGCAGUGGGAUUCAGCACGCAUUAUGACCCAGUGCAUGUUACCUUUCAAGAAAUCUUACUGGGCUUAGUUCUAACAGGUGGUUAGCCUAUGUAUGGACCAAUCCCAUUGAGGAUGUAGGUGACCGCUUCCGUAGAAGAAUGCUCUUAGCGAAGGAAAAAACAUACAUAAAACUAGGGAAGGUCAAGGGGAAAACCAAGUUGAAAAUCCGUAUUCAGGACAUGAUAUUUCCCGAUAGGUGAGAAAUACUUUGAAGGAGCAUUCAAUCUGAGGAGUCACUGAUUCAGUCUAAGAGGUACAGCACAAGCACCGGAGGGUGACCUCAAUGGACAGAACGGCAUACUUGAAAGUUAGCAAACAUAUACCGUAACUCUGGUCUUCAUUGUAACUAAUAUUAAUUAGAUUGGGGCUGUAUGUUUUAGUUUAUGCAAUAGAAAAAAGGGAGAUGAGUAACCAAAACUAUCUUAGCUGUUUAGGAUGUAAGCAUUGCUUGAGCAUAAUACUAUGAAUUGUGUACAUUUUUUUUCAAAUUAAAAAAUAGUCCUGUGGACUAGAUUUGCACUUUGGGUUCUAAUCAGAAUGAUCCAUUUUAUGGAUUAAUCUAUUUCAAAUGGUUGAUUUGACAUGCCAUUCUAUGUUUAAUUACACAUUUGUUCCUUCAGAGGGAUGAUACAUCCAUCAGCAUUUCCAAUAUUUGUCCAUUGUGGAAUCACAAAGAAUAGAAUUCUCACACUAAAAUGUCUGCUUUGAGCACUUCUUUUAUCUUGGAAAUGUUAACUAUAUAUUAUACUGUAAUUUAUUUCUGGGUCUUCCGAGCUGUAUUGUCUUUGUGUGGAAUGGAGAGUGAUGGUAAAAUAGACAUAGUUUGGUCUUAAAAAUAUAACAAACCCAAAGUGAUAAUGAAGAUCAUCAUGUACUCCUGGAUAGCAUACCAUCAAUUUGUUUUAUCUACUCUUUAAUCUUUUUCAUAGUGUCCUAACGUUAUUUGGAUAGUAUGUUAAGGCUCUAAAUUAUAAUUUAAUAAAGGUGUUUUAUUUUUGGAUUAUUGCCUUGGCAUUUGAGAAACAGAUAAACUAAUUAGAUUAUUAGAUAAAGGAAUAUUUAAGUGUAUUCUUUUUUCAAGAUCUGUGAUGUACAAAGGUUUAUUUUAAUCAGAGGAAGUAAAUGUUGACACACUUACCUUACAACAGUACUUCGCUGGAAUAAUCCAAAUAGCAACAGCUUUGAGAUUGUGGAGUGUGUACAUUGUUGCUACAUGGCUGUCCUCCAUGUUUUGAGUUGCAUGACAGAAUGGUGGUCUAAAAUAUAUUGAUGGAAGUGGGAUGUGUAAAUCUUAAACUAUUAAAUACGAACAGUUUAAAGAGAGCUUUUUAAUUCUGUGGAGUUUUGAAUGGACUGAUGGAUAAAUUGGUUCAGAACUUUCAAAUCUGACUAGAUCCUGAAAAAUGCCAGUACCCAGCACAAUCUGAGGAUGUAAUGUCAAAGGCUUUCACGGCCGGAAUCGCUGGAUAUUUCUAGGCUAUAUGGCUGUGUUCUAGCAGCAUUUUCUCCUAAUGUUUCAACUGCAUCUGUGGCUGGCAUCUUCAGAGGAUGGAGGAAUGUCAGGAGAAAAUGCUGCUAGAACACAGCCACACAGCGCCCCAAUCUGGGUAUGUUCUUGGGUCACUUUAAGUCCUUGGCUAUACUGAAUAAGACAUAAUGAUACUUUCUGUUGCAAGUGGCCUAACCUGCCCUGAAGAAGGCCAGUUUGAGGCUAGGUUUCAACAGUUAUAUUGGUUGUAGUUUCUUAGGCAUACGUCAAAUGAAUGAUACAUUUGCAAUAAUUGUAGCACAAUCCUAGAAACUGGAGAGGUGUGGCUGGUCUAGACUUGUUGAUGCAUUGCAUGAUCCUUAUAUUUUGGGUUUCUCUUCUGCUCCAGAGAACGUAGUGUUACUGGAAAGCAUGGGUGUUACUCCUGCAGAGGAAUCUGAAGCACAGAUGUGUAAAUAAAGAUGGAUUUCCCUUAAUUUGAACCCAGAUUUAAUUUAUAUUGUUUGUAUGUAUUGCAUUAAACUAUUGAAGAAUAAAUAAAAUAUAAAAUGAAUUUCUUAAAAAACGACUAA